AUGAAUGCUUUGCGGUCAGUGAUCAACACAACGGACGUAGAUCCAGCUUGUAGAGGAGCCUGUAAGAAGGCACUUGAAGCCAACGCCUGCGGUAUAGUCGAGCCGAACUUUGUACCAACGAGUGAAGAGCUUGCCAAACAAGUGGACGAGACAAAGUCGAAAUACGCUGACUUUGAAAAGCAAGAAGCGAAGUUGCGAGAAGAGCUAAAAUACGCCAAGGAACAGCAGAAGGAGCUGCAGUCAAUGCAGAAGAAAGAGCUAAAGAAACAGAAGAACAAUUUGGGCAAAAAGUGCACGAAAAUGAGGAGCUAG